UUUCAUAUAGGCCAGGAAUUUCGCCUCAAGACCAUCAACAAGGAGGGGACAGAGGCGCAAUACUACCAUUGCCAGUGACAUUGACGGCGACUACAUGCGUUACUCAACCGAUGGUAUGGCUAACGUCGACGAUGAGCAAAAUCCGACUCUGCGUGUCAUAGUCGGUGGACUGCCGCGGACUGGCACGACGUCCAUGACCAAAGCUCUUCAAAUCCUUCUAAACGGCCCAGUCUUCGAUGGCGGUUCCGCUUCCUAUACCGGCGACGCUAAUACGCAACGACGAAUGCUGGAGCUCGCGCAGCACUGUCCCAUGAGGACUCUAGUCGACCGCGCUUUUGUACAGUAUCGACUUGCUGAAUUGACCCAAGGCUGUGUGGCUAGCUCCGACCAACCUGGAUGCUACUUCCUUGAGGAGUUGCUGCAAUUGUAUCCGGAGGCAAAGGUUAUAUGCACGGUCCGGGAACGAGACUCCUGGUGGGCCAGCUACUCGGCAUUGUGGCAGGGCAUUCAAGAUCUUUAUCCUUGGUCCUGGCUAUCCCCCAGUCUGAGGCGCUUCUGCAUCUUCUCCUACGAGUUCUGGAAGCGCGUGCCGCAAGCUGUGGGCAUACCCCAGUGUGAACCUUGGCCAUUGCUCAACCAGGAGAAACUCUAUGAAGCGCAUGCCGAGUAUGUUCAGCGCGUGGUGCCGCCCGACCAACUCUACUUCUUCAACGUUCGGGACGGAUGGGAGCCAUUAUGCAAGAUUCUGAACGUCCCUGUUCCGAAUGAACCCUUUCCGCACGCUUUCCCGAGGUCAUGGCUGCAGGAGGGAAAAAUUGCGUUGAUUGCGGGACUGAAGAGGCGCUUCGCAGUCCUGAUGGGAUUGGUAGGGCUGCUGAUCGGAGUCACAGUCUAUGCUGGCAACAGAUACCUCCAAAAAUUGGUUAAAUAAGCCGAAAGAACAAGGCAGUGCGUAUUAAUAUGCGCUUGUGCACGAGGGCAAGCAGAAUCUCGCUUACAGAAGUCUUACCAACAUCGAGAAACGGAGGAAAACGUACAGACUUGCCGUCAAGAGCCGACGGCGCCGUCCUCUAAUGCGAGGGCACCUAUGUGUCCUUGGUCAUACCUUGAACUAAAUCCUUUCU